GCUGAAGGUUCUGACACUCACAUAGGUGUGACACUGCAUAAGUCCCAGAACAUGGCUGUGCCCCAGACCAGGGAAGAGCGAGGACUGAGAAAACAGACCUAAGCUAUCUGUUGUAAUGUGUAGGGGCAUCCUGAAAAGGGGCUCGGGCUGGUAGUGCAGUACCCAGAGGCUCUGAGUUCCGAGGUCUGAAGCCAUGGGCACCCUUUACCAUAGAAAGCCUUCACUUCCCAGGAUACUUGGUGGAGAGCAGAGUCUUCUCCUCGGGUGUUGGAGCCUCCCAGAGCACAGGGGGUAGCGCAGGGGUGGUGUACCCUAAGUUCACUGAGAACUAGAUGCUGGAAGUUGACUUCCAGAGGAAAUUUCCCAAGAAGUAAUUUUGGGAUGCUCCUGUCAAUCUGGAGCAGGUAGGGCACCUCCAAAAAGUAUCUGCCUAUGUGGCUAUACUCUUUCAAACUCGGGGUGGAGAGAAUGUUAGCCCUCAGGUUGACAGUGUGGAAAAGGAUGUGGAGGAGUCUGUGGUGAGUCGAGAGGGGACGUGGCAGCAGCAGCCACUUGAAGCCUCUUGCUGUGUAGUUACAGGACCAAGUGGGUAGCGCCAUGACUUCCUGGAAGCAAGCAGAAUGAUUAGAGUUCAGAUCAGGCCCAUUAAGGGAACUAUGGAGCAGGGACCUGACAUUGGAGGGAAGCCAGGUCCAAAGACAGAGAUGCAAAGACAGAGCUCUGAACAGAAGAGGGGCUGUCCAGACAGGAGGUCGUGCCAGCAGAUAUGACGUCUCCAGCUUGAAGCAAACACGGCAGGAUGGCUCAGAAGUGUUGACUCUCUGCUGAAUUCUGAGUUCCCCAACACCCAUGACCCACAAGCCCAGCCUCUGCGACUUACCAAUACCUAGUGGCUUAAUUAAAUCCCAAGGAACCUAUCCUUGACAACAGACAUCUGAGUCCUUGAGUAGCAGGAGUAUGGGCACCAGUCAGGAAAUUGGAAAAUAUGUCUGCUUUCUCUGAUAGGAGAUGCAGGGGGGCACUAUUCAACUGGCUUCUGUAGACAGUCAUCCUGGGGCAUCCCAGAGGGUCAAGGAGAAGCCCACCACUCUGUCCCCACAACCAUCUGUCUAGAAUCUCUGCAGGCUAUGCUGGAGAGUGGUCCUUGUACCUUCUGUCCCUACCUACUGUGAGAGAGAGGGCAGCCUCCCUGUCUGCCUGGCUUUUUCACUCAACACCUUAUGUGACAGUGGCCUUAACUCUGCAGUCAGACUUGUCUGGGCACUCCCAGCUCAGUCAUUUCCCUGCUGCAGACAGUGUCCUUGUGACUCCGAGGGACACAAUGGACAGAUCCCAGGCCAUGCCUGGUGGAAGAACUUCUGUGACCACAGCGGGAUGGGUGGACCUGCAUCAUUCCACAGGCCCUCUGACAUCCCAACAGCGGCCGGCAGGAACAAGGAUCUGAGACUCUCAUGGAGUGGUCUUCCCAGGAAUAUCCACGUUGCUCAGUUGGGGCCAGCGUCCACUCCCUUCUACCCCCAGGAAGCCACUCUGGCCUGAGAAUGCAGCUCACACAGACAGGUGUGCAAGCUUCCAGAGUCCCUUUCAAGACCCAGAAUCCCUUGUCCUUAUCUUAGGCAUUGCUGUGAGAGCCCCUACUGGGAGGCAGAGUCUCAGAGCUCUUGCCACCGAAUGCCUGUGUAGUUUUCAGGGGAGCAGAGCUACUAAGUCAACCUCCAAAGCCAAGGCUACACUCUUCUGUAGACAGGAAGGCAGGUAGAAUUUUUCUUGACUCUUCUUCCAGACUCGCUAGGAGGAUGAGGUCCAUAACUCAGCCUAUGAAGUCUUCAAACAUGAGGUUUCACUUCUGUAGCCCAGUAAGCCAGUGGCAUGUGAUCUUGAGCAGGAAGAGAAGCUGAGGAAUCAAGGCUAGGCUGUCAUUGCUGCAGCCUGUAGGGGCUGAGUGGGGAGGCCAGGGCUGGGGUAGGUGACUGGAUGAGCUGAGGACUUGGGGGGCUUGAGCUUUAAAAACGAGGGUACCCCUAAGGCCGAAAGACCUAUGUCCUACCAGGUCCUCUUCACUUUGCUUGAUCUAUAGCUGGUCAUGGGGUAGUUCUCAGUCAAUGUCUCCUGCUUAGCACAGUGUAGAGUCCCACCCCCAUCCAUGUGCUGUGCAGAAAGCUGGGCCUGUGUCCUAGCUCAGUUCCACACGGAGUCCAUCCAGCCUGAGACCCUCCCAGUUGCUUCCUACCCUGGCUAGGCAGGGACUACAUGCUCUGGCAUGCUUGAGGUCCCUAACCAAGGUCAUGUUCCCUGAAGAGGUGUAGCCUGCUUCCUCCUUGUCUUUCUUCCCGAAGGUCAGGUUUAUAUGGCUGCUGUUUCCUUUGGAUUUGCUAGCCGGGUGGCCACCAGGGUCCUGGCAUUCCCAGUACCAUACAAAUGGGUUGCUUUUCUAUUUCUCAUGCUUGGCCUCAGCUUGUUAAGGAAGCCCCAAAUUGGCACUUUGGUGUCUUUUUCCUCUACCAAAUUGUCAACAACAACAACAAACAAACAAACAAAAACCCCCAAACACACCAAAACAAACCAACCAAUCAAACACCCCCCCAAAAACCAAAAACCUCCUAGGGAUUUCUGCAGACCCCAAAAUGUGUCUGGAGCCCUAUUCUGGUAGAAGGAGUAGGGUUUCCAAGGCUGAACCUGCCCCUUCCCCUCCUUAUUCAUUCACUUCAAGGCCAAGGUUUUAAGCUGGGUGCUAUGAUCAUGGCCCGUGUCCUUUCUGUGACUAUCUCUCAAUCAUGUCUCCUAAGGCAUCAUCGGUCUCUGUCCUUAUAGCCACUCUUGAGGGCUGUCUCUCAAGGAAAACUGGUGGCCCCAGGCUCAGGCCUCUACCCAGCAUCCAUUUCUCUUCAAUCUUCCCAGCUCUACCUUCUUUCCCCUCUGUCUUGGUGAGUCACCAGGAAGAGCCCGCUGCCUUCAGCUGACAGUCAUCUUCCCAUGGCCGGUAGCCUCUUGUGACCAGUAUUCCUGGGGCUCACAUGCUAGGUACUUGGGGAAUCCUACCCAUGGUAGGGGAAAGAACUAUUUAUUGUGUGUGGUGUCAGUUUGCAAGGUGUCCAGUACACUGCAGCAGUUAAGCAGGAAGUCUGGUCACAAUCCAGACAGCUGACAGUGGACAGGAAGAGUCACCAUGCCAGUAUUUAGCCUGAGGAUGUGCUGGGCUCUCUGAGCAAGCUGUGUGAAUUCAUUCGUGUGUUCUCUCACAGACACAGUGUCUGGAGUUCCUUUUAUGAGACACUCAGUAAUUUGUCCAGAUUCAUACCCGGGACAGGACUCAAACCCGAGGAGUAAGGCCCAGCACCUAUGAUCUGAGUUGAUCUUCUGUCCCUUUAAGGCCAGUGUUUCACUUGGCCAAUUCUACCUGCCCCAACUCGGCUGCAGCUCUUCACAACCCCUGUAUCCCCAGAGAUCUACUGUUGGGAACUCUGAAGGCCUCUCUACAAAGGUAGAAAGGGGAGCCACUGACAUGACUUCAUUGUUGAAGAGCGCAGAGCCAGAGUGAGGUACAUCCCAAGCAACCCAGAGGGGUACCUACAGGACGCUCGGGGUGGGCUACACAUGAUUUCUAGACAAAUCCCACUGGGCCCUAAGACCAUAGCUGCUUCUUUCCCAGGAUGGGUCACCCCAAGUUCCUCCACUGGUAAGCUGGGUAACUCUCUGACUUCAUUAGGUGAGUUUAUACAAAGAGCUACAGUAAAUGUCUGUCUUUAUGGCAAGAGGCAAUUGUACUGGGAAGGCUGGGAAAUGGGGAGAGAGUGAAUGCACGGCCGUGUGCAGAGGUGGGGGAGUGGGAGAUACAGUUUCCUUUGGGUCCCGGGGUCAUUACUUCAGAAAUGGACACAUUUGCGUGCUCUGAAGACAACGUGCUAAGAAACCUCUCCCUUUAUUUUCUUGGGACGCAGACCCUCUUAUUUUAUAGUACUGUUCUGUUACCUCUCUGCCUGGUCCUGUGUGGUUGAUGACCUCAGGUUUUUUUUCCCUGUAGAUCCUUUGAUGUUGCCUUAGACCAGCCAUCUCCUUGGUUCUGAAUGGCUGUGACUGCCCCAUGCUAACAGUGAGAUGUCCGAGACCCUGAGUACCUGUGCGAGUGUGAGCCCUUCUGUGUGUCAUGUGGCCAGCCACUCCUAUCCUAUUGGCUGUGGCCUGGUGCUUGUCCCCACUCCAAAGAUCUCUGCUUACAUCUGCCUGCUGCUCCCUCCCUGCCAUUCCUGCUUUUCUCAUCCUCCGGAUCCCUUCCCCCACCCUGAGCUCCAGGACACUUGUUUUCUGCUACCCAAAGGCCAGUUUCAUUCCACACUGGAUCUCGCAGCUCCUGGGCUACACCAUGCAUUCUCAGUGUAGAGUCAGACCAGGCUGUUCCUUCCCAUCUGUAGGGUUUGGACAGGCGCUUCCGCCUUCUGAGGUCUUUUGAUUUUGCCAUCUCUAAAAUGGGCACGAGGAUGCCUCCCUCAUAGGGUCACCAGGACAACUGGAUGAGGUAGGUUGGAGAGACCUCUCGGUUUGGCAUUUAUUUCCCACCUUCUUUGCCUGGCAGACUCUAGGUCCUUGGUAUGUAUGUGCUAUACUCAGACAGCAGCAUGGAACCUCAUUUGUUAUGGUUGGGAACGAGCUUUGUUUGCUUUGGAGAACCUGAUGGUACUCCCUGGAAGCCAUCCUUUUCCUCUUUAUGUGCAUUGCUAAGCAUUUAAUUCCCGGUGGCUGGUCUGAGCCUCGUUCUAGCUUUGCUGUGUUCUAGCAGGUCAGCUUGUAAACUGAGAUCCUCGUUCGUAUUGCAUGACGUUUGUAUGGAUGAAACCCAAGCUACCCACUCAUGAAUAAUCCACCUGUCCUUGUUCUCCUCAAAGGACUUUUUUUCCCCCCGGGACAAUCCAAAGGCACGAUAGCCACCUCAGAAUUUCCAGAAAGUUCAUGUUGUAGACUCGUUCCAUUUUUAUUAAGUCUGGGCCAGUGAAAUGUUUCUGGGAUGGAGCCAACAGCCCAGAGACGGACUGAGAAAAGCUUCAGCUACGUCAUCAGAGCUCCCAGCAUCGAUGGCUCUGACGGGAUAAAUGUGGAUGUGAAGAUUGACACCUGCUGGGUCUUCCGAGAUGUGGAGGAGAGGGACAAGGAGCAGGGGUGCCUUCCGGAAACUGCCAGCAGCCUGGACCUGGACACGGGGUUGCUCAGGGAGCAGCUAGAAUCCUCAGAGCGGAAGCUGUUGGCAGCUGUGGACAAGCAUGUGAUAUCAGAGUCGGGGCUGAGGAACAGGGUCCGGGAGCUGGAGCUGUCAGAGAGGAGGCUUCUCUUGAAGGUGGAACAGCUGAGGGCCUGUGUGGCCCAGGAAAGAAGUGCCACACUCCACACCCAGGAGCAGCUGCAGGCCCUGCAGGGGACACUGGUUAGCCAGGUGCGGGAGGCAGAGAGUUCGAUCAGACGGCAACGGUGGCUGCAGGAGCGGCUGCAGCGCAAGGACGAGGCGCUGGCACGGCAGGCGGCGGCCCUGAAGCGUUGCGGGCGGGUGCAGCGGCAGCAGCUGGGCCUGGUGCGGGAGCAGGAACGCGUUCUGCGUGUGCAGGUGCAGCGACUGGAGCGCGAUGUGCGGCGCCUGGGUCGAGCUGCGGGCCUCCUGCUGGCUCAGCUGCAUGCGGCAGACUCGUCGCCCGGUACCAGGAGCUCUGGAUCGCAGUUUCUGGCCGGUUCCCUGGGUGACACGGAGGUCAUAGAGCUGAGCGCGCUGCGAGCCAGGGCGGAGCUCGCAGAGCGAGAGCGAGCGAAAGCGGUGCGCAGGCUGCGAGAGCACAGCGCCACCGAGCGGCAGCUGCGAGAGCAGCUGGAGGAACUGCGCUGCUGCGUGUAUGGGCUGACGUUGUCAGAGAUAGGCCUGCACAGUCAGGUAGAGGAGCUCGCCCACCAAAACCGGCGCCUGCGGGCCCAGCUGGGGCACAGUAGCCCGGGUGCCUUGGGCUGUGCACAGAGUGAUUCUCUGCCUCCACUCCAGGCAGUGGUGCUGGAUCCCUGCAGCAGCCACAGCUGCCACGGUGAUGCAUGUGGACUUCAGGGCCUGGCAGGCCAGCUCUCAGAAGAGCCCCCUAGCUGUGUUGGAGAUGGACCAGACCACCACAUGACAGUGUCCACAAGGACCAUGGGCAAGCUUCAGAGAGACCUGUCAGGGUCUGAGCAUAGACAGGCUGCCCUUGUCCAGCCCCACCCAGAUCUACAGGCUCCUUGGCUGCUGUGUGGCUGUCCCCCAGGGUCAGGCAUGGAUGAGCCACUCUGCUCCUUGAGCUUGGCAGGACUUUCAGAGAAUCUUCAAACUGUUGGAGCCCAAGAAGCCCUACUGCUGUUACCCACCUCCAUGUUCCAGCUCUGGGGACCUGCUGGAGAUCCAGAGCUCUUACUGCCACCUCUGCUCCAGGAGUGUCCCCUACAAGAACUUCAGACCCUAGAAGAGCUGGACCGCAUGUCCUCGCCUGCCCAUGGAGCUUUCGCACACCCUGGCUGCCAUUGUAAUCUGGCAAGGAGCCAUGACACCUCCCUCAGCCAGGAGUCCUCACACAUUUCCAAUGACUCAUUUCUCACAAAAGGGCCCGAGGAGCCAAGAGACACGCUGCAGGGGGGACAUGGGCCUCCAGUCACAAGUGCAGAGAAGUGGGGGGUGAUGGGAACCUUGGGUGGGAUAAAGUCAGAGCUUGAUGACAGAUGCCUGCUGCUUCUGCAAGGCAGUGAGAAGCUGUCCUUGGACACUGAGGUCCACAGCCUAGAGGGCAUGCAGGAAGGGGGCUGGGCUGCAGAUACACAGGCCGUGGCCUCCUUUCCUUGGCUUCAUUCAGAAUGUCUAACACUGCCUCUGCGUGGGACGAAGAAUCCUGGCAGUGGGAAGAGCUCUAGAUCACAGGAGGGUCCUGAUUCCCUGAGCAAGAGCAGGAGUGUGGAGGGAUGUGGCUGGGAAUGCUUGGUGAAUCUGUCUCCAGAGAAGGAGGAAGAGGCCAUCAACUUCGGGGAUCAUGAGACCCAAGAGCCAUGGACAAAUGGUAGUCAGCUCCCAGUGGGAAAGGGCAAAGAAGCCUGGAGGAGUGCACAGGGCAAGCUGGGCCACCAGCUGUGCUUUGGAGAUACUGAGCUGCUCCCUAAGGAGAGGUCAGGGGAUGAAGAACAAGAGGAGAUACAGAUCGGAGUGACAUCAGACCCUGCUUCUGUGGGCCCUGAGCAGCCUGAGUUCAAGACCCGUGUGGGUGAGGAACAGCGUGUACUAAUAGAUGAUCAGGAUUUGUUACAGUUCCCCAGAUUGGCCUCAGCUGGCACCAGCAGUGAAGGUCCUUGCUCCUCACAGGCUCUGAUCACAGGACAGGACAGGUGUGCCCUCCAGACAGACACGCUGGAGAAGGAGGCAGAGGCAUGCUUCCAGCAGCUGAACAACCCGAAGCUUGUGUGUGGAGAUGCCCAGCGGACAUCAGCGUUGGUGAGACAGAGCCAGAGAGCCACUCAAAGGUGGCGGGUCAUUGAGGAGGGGGUGUGCCUUCAGCAGUCAUUGGCCAGCCAGGAUCUGAAUGCGAAAUCCAACAGGAACAGUGAGGGAGUGGGGCCCAAAGAGGAUGUGGUCCUCUGCAAUGGAGAAGAUCUUCCAGGAGCAGCACUCGAUGGGGAUAAAGCCAACUGGGGCCCUGCAGAGCUGGGUGGGAGCCAGCUCUCUCCAACAUGGUGUACCCUAAAUAGGGCGGGAAGCAGGUUCCAUCAGCUCUUGGCUAACAUGAAGAAAGAGAGAAGUCAGGUUUUACUUGAUAAUGCCAGGCUUGAGGGCGACCAAGAAGGAUGUCGCCAUGAAGGAUGCCCUUGUGAAAAGGAGCACACAGGAGAAGUGGCCAAGGCACUGAGGCUGGAGCAGGCAAACCACGUGCUGCAGGGAGAGCUGGUCCGCCUCAGGCACGAGCUGGACCAGUGCAUGCAGGCUAUGUCCGACCUGGAGGAAUGCAAUAGGAAGAGUUACUGUAAGAUUUCCCAGCUGGAAGAGGAGAACGAGAAGCUGAAGGGGGACCUGGGCCAGCUGCAUAAGGCCGUGUCUGAGAGUGUCAGGAAAGCCGGGAGCAGGGUGAAGCAUGUCACCCAGGAAAACACAGAGCUCAGGGCUCUGAUCUCAGAGCUCGGGGGCAGUUAUAAAGGACUGAUAAAAGACACAGUGCUGGGGAUAGAAGACAUGGUCUGGGCUCUGCAGGGGGAAAACGAGCACCUUGUAGGCAGGGUCCAAAGCCUGGAGAGGGAGGUUCUGCAGAUGAGCAGGGAUCUGGGGAAAGAAAAGUGGUACUCCCAGGGAAACUCCAACAUGGCGGAGGACAAGGGACACACUAAAGACAAAGAGGUCCAGGUGACAAUGUUUUCAAGACAACUGAGCACAAGAGCUGGUGGGCCAUCCUGGUCUGAGAAGUCAAAUGUGACAGGAGGACCUUCCUUAGAUUUGGAAGGUUCCAGAUGCAGGGCUGACACUAGUAAGACCUCAUCAGUCUGUGCAGUCACCACAGGGCCUCAGGAAGCACACACCAAUGGGGCAGGAGGAGACGGAGCUUGGCUGCAAAAAGAACAGAAGAUUCCAUGGUGUUCUGUACAAGAAGGACACCCUCAAAAGUCCCGGAGCCACAGCCCCCAGCCCCCAAACUCCAAGGUUGUUGCCUCUGAGGAGGACACCAAACUAUGCAUUCAGCGGCUCCAUCACCAGGUGCGGACCCUACAGUGCCAGCUCAGGGACCAGGGCUGGGCACUGCGGGAGUUGCAGGCAGCUCAGGAUGAGGCAACGGGACUCCAGGAUAAGCUCAAAAGCAAGCUUGAGGAGCUUUGGGAACAGCAGCGCGAAGUGCGUCUGGCUUCGAGUCCUCUGAAGGCCAAGAUGGCUUCCCUGGUCCGCAAGUGCCAAGAGAGGAACCGCCUGAUUGAGCACCUACUACAGGAGCUGCCAAGACACGAGCCCAAGAACCACCUGCUCUCCGAGCUGGCGCAGAACAUGCUUGAGGAUGUGGCACUGGCUGAGUACAGUGCCACCUUCCUGACCCCAGAAGCAUCAGAAACAUCCUGCCACCUGGAUGUGAGCUCCAAGGAGACUUCAGCCAGAGGAGGAGUUCAGGAGUAUCUGUUUGAUUCUGAAGCAGACAGUGUCCUUCAAAACCUGUGGGGUGUGGAGUCCUGGUGCCUUCCAGGGGCUGAGUGGGCAUUGCAGACUUCACCAGGUUCUCCAAAGGAAAGAAGACAGCACCACCAGGCACAUCAUGCUGGCAAAGAUGAAUGUCCGUCCCAGGUGACCAAUGGAGCAGAGGUGGCCCUGUGAUGUAUGGUCCUUUCCAGGGCUGAGUUACAAGCUUCAUCAUCACCCCCUCCCCACGUCAUCACAAGAGAAUGUUUCUCCCUGCACAAGACCAGUGAGCGCCUCAGAAGCCCCUAGCACUGGCAUGGAGCAAUAGCGGGACCCUGGGAUCUGGGGUUCCCAGGUUGGCUGUGUCACUUGUACAAAUGACUUAACUUUUUGAAUGUCUCCUUCUAAGUCUCUUUGGGAGCCUUUCUUCCUAGCUGACGGUCAUGUAUGAUGGUUCCAUAGCUGGCAAGUCACCCUGAACCUUCAGAAUGGUGGCACGUGAUUUUGGGACUGUGAGCUACCCUGCGCCCAACUCCCUGAUGUCAUUUAGGACUUGCUGCCUUUAUGCACACACAGUAUCACUGCUGACUCUUCUGCCUGCAGAGGGGAUGAGCCUGCAGGGAAGAUUAUGAGGUGAUCCUGAGAAUGAACUGAACACCAUGGAGGCUCUACAGAAGCCCAGGUUGGAUGGAGGGCUCAGCUGACUGGAAAUUGUCUAGGGAGAGCCUCCUACCCCAUGACUGAUAGUUAAUGGAAACAAACUCUGUCAAGCACCGUAGUCUAGUAGGGAGAAGACUCUACCAGGGAUGCAGAUCCUGGAUUCUGCUCCUGUCUUGCUGGUGACCCUUGUGCUAUGCAUUGACCUCUAAGAGCCUCAGCUCUUCACUUGUACAAUGGAUGCACCCACAUGUUUUCCAGUUCACUGGCAGCUGUGACACCUCCCAGGCUGCAGACUCUGGGUAUCCAACAGGACCAUUUGAGAUUUAGGCACCCCUAGAAGAUUUAAGAAAAACGCAUCUGCUUGGAUAAUCUUACAGAAGCCAUCUCCCUAGCUUUGGUAAUGUGUGUCCAAGUGACGAAUAGGAGAUGGGUGGAUUCAGCAGGUGUAUCUUAGGUUUGGGAAGGACCUGGGACUUUGGUCAGUGAGGGGCGGUGAUAGACAGGUUCCAUAACCUGUGGGCUCAAACGCAGAAUCUAGCACACGAACAGGCUACCCUUGGAGGAUCUAACCCAAAACACAUCUUCGUGACUUAUGCUUUUGAUUAGGCAGAAGGAAUAGCAUAAACUUAGUGUCUUCAACCAUCCCAAGCAUUCAGUUUGCUGCACCUAGCCCAGCCACACACUCAGUGCCGAGGCCAUUGCCUCUACCAUCUCCAGAGCUCAAAUGUCUUCUCAACUGAAACCCUAUGUCCAUUGGACACUGGUUCCUCUUUCUCUUUGUCCAUACCCUGACAACCCCAAUUUCUACCCUGACUCUUGUCUGAUUGCCCUGGAGAUCUCAUAUAAUGUGUCCUGUGUCUGGUUUCUCGGGUUCCCUUUGACAAAUAGAGGGACUGUCUGUGCUGAAUCACGCAUUAGAACACCCUUUUAUAAAGCCAGCACUGCGUGUAUUGGCCACAUUGUUUGUCCUCUCACCCCUCAGUGACACUUGGGUCUCCGCUACCAUUUGACUAUGGUGGGCAAUGUUGCUGUGAAGGGGAGCACACAGAAGUGUGGGAUUUUUUUUAAAUAUUAAAAAAAUUAGUAAUAUUUAAAACCCAAAACGUUCCCUAGGAAGUAAGGAUGUGUGGGUUCUUCAGGAAACUGUGGGGUUUGGCCACUUUGCUCCCUCCCCUAGUGAAUUCCAAGCUAGCCACUAUGGGAGCCAUGCGAGGUUGCUCUGCUGUUCCAGUGGCAAGCGCCUGUCCUGGUGGGCCUUGCAGAUAGACUCUCCUCAAUUCAGCCCAAAAGCCAGCUGUGAUUCAGUGACAAUCUUUCAACACUGCAUGGUAGUGACAGUGCAGAUAUCAGAGAAGGCUAGAGCCUCAUCCUAUGUCCCAGGCAAGGAGUGAGGCCACCAUGCUCUGUGGGACAGGCUAGACGCCAUGCUGCCCAUCCCCAAGGCAAAGGCCUGAAUCCUCUGAGCCUCAGUCUUGUCUUGUGGAGGAACAUUGGAGAAAGAGUCCUUUCUCUGGCAGUCUGAAAAGGUGAAGACAGAGGAGGAAGUGUGCGGGAAUGAAGUGCAUUUGGAAUGUGCUCAGCCAGGCCAAGCCAGGAGGCUGGGUGUGCAUGGAUGGGGACUCCUUUACUAUGCUGUAAAGUGGGAAAGGGGGUUUCAGGGUUAUUCCUAGGACCCCUGAGCCUGUGGAAAAUGAACUCGACAUACACCAGUACUCUGUAAAUGUUGCUUUCCAGUCAAUGGGCCCAAGAAAGAGUCACAAAGUCAAGGGAAGCACUCUGGCUUUGCUUCCCACUCCUGCCAAGUCUUCCCAGUACCAGGAGGAGACCAUUAGAAGGUACUCGGCUCUUAGUGCAAGAUCAGCAAAGUCUGUACUAGACAUGGUAGCACACACCUUUGUCCUGACAUCUGGGGAGCAGAGGCAGGUGGAUUUCUAUGAAUUUGAGGUGAAUUCCAAGCUAGCCAGGGCUACACAGCGAGACCCUGUCUGAACAAAACAAAACAAAACAAAACAAAACAAAACAAAACAAAACAAAACAAAACAUUCUCCAAAUACUUUUCCCACAAGGAGGAAGACACAGGUGACCUCUGGUUGGCCCACUCCAUGACUCACGGGCACUAGAUGACAUGGCUUAAUGGUCUACAGAUUUUGUUUAUUCAUUCAGCCAAUAGCAGUGACUCAGGCUAACCCCUGAGUUCUCACAGCAGGAGUCCACUAUGGUCAGCCUAUCAGUGGCUCUGCUGCAUGUCCCUUCUGAGCAGCCCCUCUCCCUGACUUUGCCUUUGAGGCUCACCCGUGGUCUUGUUGUCCUGGGUCUCACAGGUCUCCCUUCCCACUCAACGCUGCUGCAGCUACUUCCUCCUUUCCAAAGCCUGGAUGGAGACUUACGGAGCACCCUGAGCACUGCGUGCCAACUCGAGCCUGCGAUCACAUACGGUGAGGGGGGAAAACCCUUUAAGGUCAGAUGCGGACUCAGCAGAGUCUGGCCUCUUCCCCCUUCGGCUUUGGAUGAGAUGGAAGACAGAUGGAGGAGCCUCUUGUCAACUCACAUUCUGUGGAAAUAGACCAGUUUGGUGCUACUUGACUUUCAUGUGCAAGCUAGAAGACAGAGACCACCUGGCAUAGGAGGGACAAGAAGGAUUUAAAGGCAGAGCAGCAGCAAGAUGACUGUGAGUGGCCUGAAACUCUCUGACCCUGAAGGCACUCCGUACCCUUUUUCCUCAGAAUCUGGCUCCUAACAUACCUGCAACAGCAUCUGCUGGGUGUGCCGGUGAACACUUUGCAGUGGUGUGGGGAAGCACUUUGCAGACUUGAGCACAGUGAAGACACUAUUUGGGUCAUUCCUUUGGUAUGCAUUUAUGGUGCACCUACUGUGUGCAUUGUGAGCAAUGUGAUCUGCUUGCCUCGAGAUGACUUGGAAAACAUUCCUGGACAGAGAAGGACUGCCUGUCAGAUGGCUGCACUACACAUUCAUAGAUUUUUUUUUUUAACUAACAACAGCCAGAGAGUUGGCAUGGCAACGUUUCUCCCUGAACUGCAAGGCAGGAAGCUUAAAAUAGGUACGCUAGAGGUGUGGCAGCAGCCGAGACGGAUAGCUCUGCAGCCUGAAAUGGGUAGUAAACUCAGAGUACUCACGGCCUCGUCUGGCUUCAGCAGGUCAGCAGCGCAGGGACUGAGAGGGAAACCCUAGAAGCAUCCACUGUGGGGGCUGGAGAGAGUAGGACUCACUAUAAAUACCCCUCCUUCCUGAAGCCCAGAGAACUCAAGUGGGACACCUCUGGCCAAUGGGCGCCAGGUGGGACUGCACCUGUUCUGGUGUUUCUCGGGGACUCCCAGCAGUGCCACAGUGCAUCCUCUUCUGAUUAGGGAUGCAGUUCACUGUCUAGAGGGUUUCAAUGUACAUGGCAUCACUUGGAUUCUGAGUCCAAGCCCCGCCCCUUUCUGUGGAAUUCAUGUGCAGGAUCCUCCUUGGGUAGUCCUGGGUCCUGACAUAUUUCGGAACUCUUAUUUAUGGUUGGAUUUAGAGGACUGAGGUUUGAAUCUCCCCUUCCCUGCUUCCACAAUGCUCAACCAGCAGAGCUGAUCAGAAGCUCAUGGGGUUGAAGAUGUAGCUCAGCUGCCUGAGUGCUUGUGUGUGUGAGAUGCUGGAUUCCAUUCCCAGCACCAUAUACACUGGAUGUGGUGAAGGACUGAUCCUAGCACUUUGGAUCAGGGAGGCAGGGGGAUCAGAUGUCCAACUUACCUUUAGCUACACACGUUUGAGGCCAGUCUGGGGUGCACAGAUCUUGUCCCCCAAACAAAACAAAAAGUGAAUUAAGCAAAGCAUGUUGAUACGUGCCUAUAAUCCUCUCAUCUAGCGUUUGGGAGGCAGAGGCAGGAGGAUCCAGCGAUGAAGGCUAGUCUGGGCUGUGCGAAGCUGUCUUAUCAAAAUGAACAUGGGGCAUUUUGGAGUGAGGUUCAUCUGGGAGUCUGGUCCAUCCUCUGCAUGAGGAUCUCAUACAAGGUCUCAUACAAGACUGCUUUGUGCUCCCUCGGUUCAGCAGGCAAUUGAACCAGGUUUAUAAUUUCAGGGGUUUCUUCUCCUAAGAGCUGCUUAAAAGAGAUUAGUGGCUUUUGUUUGUUUCCAAGCUGAGAUCCUAGGUCUGGAAGAUGAACCUUUUCUCCUUCUUUUCCUCCUCUCAUCUUCCUCCCUCCCUCCCUCCCUCCCUCCCUCCCUCCCUCCCUCCCUCCCUCCCUCCCUCCCUCCUUCCCCUGCUUUUCCAUUCUGUCUUUUUUGGGGGAAUCAUGGGGGGGGGACAAUCCAAUAGAGUAUACAGUGGCAUCUGAAAUUUAAUUAGUUCAGGGAAGGACAGGGUUGGAAGAGGCUUUGGCCUACUAUCUGAAAGUGGAUAGUUAUGUCUCCCCAGCUGCUCCACUCGACUUCUCCAAAGCAUCCCUGCCCAGACCCACCUUUCUGGAUCAUUUGUGUGUGGGGGGAUGGUCUCUUGGCCUUAUGUAGUCCAGGCUGAUUUUGAACUCCAGGCUCCCCUGCUUCUGCCUCCCAAGGACUGGGAUUUCUGACAUGUGCCACUUUUUAAGAUCUCAAGUGAGAACAGGGAACUAGACCUGUCAUCUUUCAGACGCUCUUCAUGAUCCCCUUGCCGAGACAGUGGGUGCUGGGGUCACCUGCAGACAUUGUACUGUGUGGAGUCUAGGCAGGAUAGGUACAUAUGCUUCUGAGAAACCAAAUGAAGCGGCUGGGUAGGUAACAAUUCACUUUCAGACAGUGGAUCCAAAGUCCCUUCCAGCCCUGCCCUUCUCUGAACUAAUUAAGUUACCAGAUGCUACUGUGAGUUUCUCCUGUGCUCCAUUGAAUUUAUUUUUACUCUUCACUGGGAAAGAACUGUGCAGGUAGGAGGUUCCCAUCUUUUGAAUAUAUUUAGACACAAGACAGUUUUGUAACAUGACCAUUGAGACCCUCCUAAACCUCAGUGAGCCUUGCAGAGCCAGAGCACACAGUGAGAGAUGGCCUCCAGUUCCUUGUGACAAGUACUGACACCGGGACCUUGGUGACCCAUCACUGCAGAACUAUCUGAGAAUCCAGGGGACAAAAUGUCCCUCUGGCAUCCUCCUUGCAUCUUUAACUCUUCUGGGAAAAAAAUCUUCCAAUUAUUCAACGAACAGCAGCAGGUUUCUCUCCUGCAUUGGUGCCAGUGUGCACCUGCUUGGCUUUGAAGUAAGUACUCUGAGGUUUUCUGGUGCCUUACAGAAGCAGAGAAGAGACCACCCUAGAGGGAUGCUGGCAUGUAACUUCCCCAUGUCACUGAAAGCUCUAGACAAAAGGUACUUCAUACCUUGAACCUAAAACUGUUUGGAAUAAGUCAGUGCACUGUGGGGCUGAAGGGCAGGGUUUUGUUUGUUUCAACUGACCUUCGUUCAUGGUCUGAUUUUUGCCGCUCCCCAGUCUAACUCUUGCAUCAUGGGACAAUUGAACCAAGUCCACAAGAAUAUGGCUUUCUUCAAAAGCAUGAUUAUUGACGGUUGUUUCUAUGACAAAGGUGGCCUGAUGGUAUCUUCCUAUUUGAGUGAAAGGGAAGAUAAAAAUGAAUGAGAUUGUCAAACAUGGCUGAAAACUUAAUUUCAGUCUGUGUCAUUUCCAUUCCCAACUGGAAUAAUACUAUACAGUGUUCAUAAACAUGAUCUUGGAAGUGAUGGGAGGGGAACCAGUACAGCUCUCAUUUAGACUCCUCACUGUGGUGAGUACAAGGCCAGCAGAGGUGGGAGGGCAAGGGAGGAGGGUGCCCUGAACUUUGCCUGGGUCACCAACCAGCUGUGCAAACUCCAACUGGCUCUCUCCAGGGGAGCAGAGGGAGGGUGUGAGGUUAGUACAACAGCCAAAGAACGUUGACAGAUACCAGGGACUUCUGUCACUUCUAUGAAAACAAGCUGCACACAGACACCUCUGAGGGAGUUGGAGCACAGGCUACCCCCUUGAACCUGGGUCUGAAGCUCAGGUUUUUCCCAACCGGUUUUUCAUGGCCAGUGAGGGAAGGGUAUAGGAACCACUGGCUGGGGUGCCUGGCCUUCUCCAUCCCUUGGAGGACAGAAUGAGGAACUUGAAGCUGUAAAGCACAAUACUGUUUGGGAAUAUGCACAUUUUCUAACCAGGUCCCAGGAAUCUAAAAGGACUCUCCCAUAGCUGUGUUACCAAACCCAGGGUCAAAUGUUGGCAGCCCCCCCCUCCUGUCCCGGUUAGCCUCUCGGCACCACAGGGGAGUGGUCCAGUGACAUGUAGACUCCUCUCCUGAUGGAUGCUCUACAGCAGGACCCCACUGAGUGACUGGAAGUGGCUCAGUUGCUGUCCGUAGUACAGUGAACAGAGUGUUUGCUGUUUGUCAGCCACUCCCGACACUACUCAGACCUGUGUACCUCAGGCUCAGUACCCCACCAGGCUUUCCAAUGACGGUUCUGUCUUGUGUCAAUUAGGAUGUUUUCUUGUUACCCAGAAGUAUUUUUCUAUGUGAGUGAAAUGUAUACUUUGUGUAAUUUUUGUACAUUAAAACAUAUGCUUUUUACCAUAA